AUGUGCCCUCAAGUAGCAAAUGAUGGCAAGGUUAUUGGCGAUGAAGACUGCUUAUACCUGAAUGUUUAUUCACCAGUGAAGAAUACUUUUAAGGGUGUCUUAUUGCCAGUGAUGGUAUGGAUUCACGGAGGAGGAUUUUUUGGGGGAAGUGCAGGCCCAAGUCAAUUUGAUCCCAAGUAUCUUCUAGAGAAGGAUAUUGUCCUUGUUGCAAUGAAUUACCGUUUGGCAAUUUUAGGGUUUUUCUCUACAGGGGAUUCAGUUGCUCCAGGAAACUUUGGAUUAAAGGAUCAAAAUUUUGCUCUAAAGUGGGUCCAAAAAAACAUUCAAUUUUUUGGAGGUGAUCCAAAUCGAGUUACGAUUUUUGGAGAGAGUGCGGGAGGCGCUAGUAUAAAUUUUCAUGCAAUCUCAGACGCAUCUAAUGGACUAUUUCACCAAUAUAUUAUUGAAAGUGGAAGUGUGCUAGCAGCUUGGUCUUAUCGGGAAAGAAGUCUGUUUAAACCUCACGUAGAUAAAGUUGCAAAAAAAUUGGGCUGUCCCAUAAAUAGUUCUGCUGAUGUUGUCAAGUGUUUAAAAAAACAGACUGCUGCACAAUUACUGACUGCAUUAAUAUUCCAAACUUUGGAUUUUCCCGCAUUAAACUGGAUGCCGACAGAUGAGCCCAAAUCAGAAGAAGCAUUUUUGACUGAUAGUCCCGAAAACCUUGUGAAACAAAAUAAAAUGAAAAAUUGUCCUGUCAUCAGUGGUAACGUUCAUGAUGAAGGCCUCCUAGUAACUCUACAAUUAGUUUCACCAAAAAGAUUGCCCGGUCAGGUUUACGUGCCGGAAGGUCCGCCCAGUACGUUCUGUCCGUCAGCGUCCAGGCGAAAUAAUAAAGAAAGAGAGUUUUUUCCUGAACACGCAAUGUCACCAGCAAGUGCUCCAAGGGCGGCGAGUCCAGUAAAAAUUGGAAUAAAUGUAAAAAAAUUACCAACUUUUGAGGUUAGGGAUAAAAUACGACGUGCUCUCACCUAA